GUGGAGGCUUCUGAUGAGUGAUCUCCCUCAGGACUCUGUCUUGGGACCAGUGCUCUUCAAUGUCUUUAUCCAUGACACAGACAGUAGGAUCGAGUGUACCUUCAGCAAGUUUGCAGAUGACAUGAAGCUAAGCAGCGCAGUUGAAGGAAGGAAUGCCAUCCAUGAGGACCUGGGCAGACUUGAGAAGUGGGGCCAUAGCAACCUCAUGAAGUUCAAGGCAGAAGCCAGGCUUGCAGCCAAACGGGCAGCUCGAGCAGAAGCAAGAGAUAUCCGUAUGAGAGAGCUGGAGCGACAGCAAAAAGAGUUUUCUCAGCAUUCCUAUGAUAGAAAAUGGGCUCAUAUCCAGAAAUGGAUGGAAGAUUCAGAGAGGGCCAGGUAUUCUCACCGGUCCAGUCGACAUUCAUAUUUGUCCUCUGAUUUUUCUGAUCAAAGCGAAACUGCUGCUGACUAUUUCAGCCGUUCCAACCGCAGGGGAAGCAUUGUUUCCGAUGCAGAUGAUGGCCAAGGUUUGAAUAGUGUAAUCACGUUCCCUUUUCUCUUUCAGCUGGAAGAAAAGAGUGAAAAAUCACAUUCAGAAAUAUUUUCAAGGCCUUCAUCUCGCAAUUCACUAAGUGCAACUCCCGUGAGUGGCAACUCCUCUAGGAGAGGAAGUGGAGACGCGAGCAGUUUGGUGGAUCCUGAUGCCUCCCUCAGUGAACUACGGGAUAUCUAUGACCUUAAGGACCAGAUACACGAUGUAGAAGGGAGAUACAUGCAGGGACUUAAAGAACUAAAGGAUUCGCUAGCUGAAGUUGAAGAGAAGUACAAGAAAGCUAUGGUUUCCAAUGCUCAACUAGACAAUGAGAAAAACAACUUGGUUUACCAAGUGGAUACUUUAAAGGAUGUUAUUGAGGAGAAAGAAGAACAGAUAGCAGAGUUCUAUAGGGAGAAUGAUGAGAAAUCAAAGGAAUUGGAAAGACAGAAACACACCUGCAGUAUUCUGCAACAUAAGCUGAAUGAACUUAAAGAGGGCCUUCGACAAAGAGAUGAACUGAUAGAGGAGAAUCAACGUAUGCAGGAGAAUUUAGACUCCAUAACCAAAGAGGUGUUUGAUCUCCAGGAGACAAUUAAUUGGAAAGAUAAAAAAAUAGGGGCCCUAGAAAGACAGAAAAAUUACUUUGACUGCAUUAAGAAUGAGCGAGAUGAGCUCAGAGAGGAGUUGGCUGACCUGAAGGAAACAAUGAAGAGAGGAGAGAAACAUGGAUUAGUUAUAAUUCCAGAUGGCACACCAAAUGGUGACGUAAACCACGAACCAGUGGUUGGUGCAAUAACAGUUGUAUCAAAGGAAGCUGCUCAAGUCUUGGAAUCUGCAGGAGAAGGACCACUAGAUAUCAGGCUACAAAAACUGGCUGGAGAAAAGGAGGAGUUGUUGUCCCAGGUUAGAAAACUGAAGAUGCAGUUGGAAGAAGAACGACAGAAAUACUCUAAAAGUGGUGGCCUGAAUCCAGAUAUCACAGGCUUAGAGAACGGUUCUGACUUGCAGCUAAUUGAAAUGCAAAGAGAUGCCAACAGACAAAUUAGUGAAUACAGAUUUAAGCUUUCGAAAGCUGAACAAGAUAUAACUACUUUGGAACAAAAUAUUGGGCGACUUGAGGGGCAGGUUGCAAGGUACAGAAAUGCAGCAGAAAAUGCAGAAAAAGUAGAAGAUGAACUCAAAGCUGAAAAGAGGAAGCUUCAGCGAGAGUUACGAACAGCAUUGGACAAGAUAGAAGAGAUGGAGAUGACCAACAACCAUUUAAUGAAAAGGCUGGAGAAGAUGAAGGCAAACAGGACUGCACUUUUAUCUCAACAGUGAAGUGGAAAUUGAAAAUACAAUGCACUGCUCCUUGAAUAACUCGCCCCUAGCUUGUUUAUAAAUACAGACUUUCAUUGGCACAAACUAUUUGAACACUGAGCUGUUCAGUGGCGGUUUAGUUUAAUAAUUAAAUGGCAUACUUUUUGUAACUUAUGAGAGAAUGAAACAUAGUUUGAAUUCCCACCUGAAUGACAGCAAUUUUUCUGUAGUGUUUGACUUUAGAGUCAAAGAUGGAGCACAAUGCUGUAUGUUCGACUUAGCGAUAAAAAUGUUUUUACAACUGUGGAAUCAAGUUUACUCACGAUCUCUUUUGGCUGCUUUAAUGAUGCUUGAUGCUCAGAGACAGCUGCAUGAAUUCAAGAAGACACUGUAUUACUGUAUUACAAACUAACAUGCAUUUGCUUAAGACAUCACACAGCACAAGUGCCUUUUCUCCGGUGCAAUUUAGACUUCCUUGUUGAAAUAACCUUUGGAACCAGAUAGCAUUUUAUUUUAAGAUACAUUUGGGGUAUUCACUAAACUUUAUACAUUUUGAAAAUACAUUUUUGUAAAAUAUUUAAAUUUAUAAGAAAAAAUAGUGAUUGUAUAUAAAAAUCUGCUUUUUUUGCAUGGGCACACCUGGGUAAUUUUGUCGAAUACUAGCCCCUGAUACUCUUAGUAUUAAGAGUGCAGAUUAAAAAACCUCUGUCGUACACCAUCAAAUUAUAUGUCAUCUGCUUAAGUGUGAAUUGAAAUUUUAUGGUGGGAGGAAGGGGGUGGGAAACAUGGCUAAGGAGUUUAUUAAAUGGACACUUUACUGA